CUGCCGCGCCUGCGCGAGUCCUCCGCGGCGUCCUUGGAGGUGGUGGUGCGGCUGCCUCUCCUUCGCAGGCUCGGCGGACGCGGGUGGCGGGGAGGCGGCCGUGAAGAAGCGCCGCCGACAUGCAGAGCUGGAGCCGGGUGUGCUGCGCCCUCGCCCAGAGAGGCCAUUUUAGCCGGAUCCAGCAUGGCUUACAAAGCAUUUCAGCAGGGCCUGUGAGAACUUAUGCUGAUCAAGUUGAUGCUGAUGUUACUGUCAUUGGGUCUGGCCCAGGAGGCUAUGUUGCUGCUAUCAAAGCUGCUCAACUUGGCUUUAAGACUGUCUGUGUAGAGAAAAAUGAAACGCUGGGUGGAACCUGUUUGAAUGUUGGAUGCAUACCUUCUAAGGCCUUGUUAAACAAUUCACAUCUGUAUCAUUUGGCUCAUGGGAAAGACUUUGCUAGUAGGGGAAUUGAAAUUACAGGUCUCCGGUUGAAUUUAGAGAAAAUGAUGGAACAGAAGAGUGGUGCAGUGAAGUCUUUAACAGGGGGAAUUGCUCACUUGUUUAAACAGAAUAAGGUAACGCAUGUGUCUGGCUUUGGAAAAAUAACUGGCAAAAACCAGGUCACAGCAACCAAGGAUGAUGGCAGCACUCAGGUUAUUAAUACGAAGAACAUCCUUAUAGCUACAGGUUCUGAAGUAACACCUUUUCCAGGAAUUACGAUUGAUGAAGAUACAGUUGUAUCAUCCACUGGCGCAUUGUCUUUGAAACAAGUCCCUGAAAAAAUGGUGGUCAUUGGUGCAGGAGUCAUUGGUGUGGAACUGGGUUCAGUUUGGCAGCGUUUAGGUGCAGAUGUGACAGCUGUGGAAUUCUUGGGCCAUGUUGGUGGAUUGGGCAUUGAUAUGGAGAUAUCCAAGAACUUCCAGCGUAUUCUCCAGAAACAAGGGCUUAAAUUUAAACUAAAUACUAAAGUAACUGGAGCCACUAAGAAACCAGAUGGAAAGAUUGAUGUUUCGACUGAAGCUGCAGCUGGUGGCAAGGCAGAAGUGAUUACUUGUGAUGUCCUCCUGGUUUGUAUUGGUCGGCGCCCCUUCACUAACAGUCUUGGUCUGGAAGAUGUGGGAAUUGAACUAGAUAAUCGGGGAAGAAUCCCAAUCAACAACAGGUUCCAAACCAAAAUUCCAAACAUUUAUGCAAUUGGUGAUGUGGUGGCUGGACCAAUGCUUGCUCACAAAGCCGAAGAUGAAGGCAUCUUGUGCGUUGAGGGAAUAGCUGGAGGUGCAGUUCACAUUGACUACAAUUGUGUGCCAUCAGUAAUUUACACACACCCUGAAGUUGCCUGGGUUGGCAAAUCAGAAGAACAGCUGAAAGAAGAGGGGACAGAAUACAAGGUUGGUAAGUUUCCUUUUGCUGCUAACAGCAGAGCCAAGACCAAUGCUGACACAGAUGGUUUGGUGAAGAUCUUGAGUCACAAAACAACAGACCGGAUGCUGGGAGCACAUAUUCUAGGCGCUGGUGCGGGUGAAAUGGUUAACGAAGCUGCUCUGGCAAUGGAAUAUGGUGCAUCAUGUGAGGAUGUAGCCAGAGUUUGCCAUGCUCAUCCAACUGUAUCUGAAGCCUUCAGAGAAGCAAAUUUAGCAGCAUCAUUUGGCAAGGCGAUCAACUUCUAAAGUGAAGGAACAUCCAUAAUAUGAAAAGCACAUUUUCCUGUGAAACCAGCUGAAGACUUGGUGGAAAACUGGGUCUUUGGAAUACUCCCAGGCCUUAAUUAAGUGAACUUUUGUUUAAAAACUAAGCUAUUUAAACUAAUAGGGGUUUGGAAUUAAUGAACCAACAACUGUAUAUUAUAUUACCAAUACUAUAUUGCAUUACUGAUUGUACAUUCUAAGUUUCACAGAAGAAAAACAGCAAUAUCAGCUUACAGUUGGAGGGAGCUUAAAGGUACCAUCAUGCAUUUCGUUCAAAUAUAGUGUCUGAUAUUA